AGGUGUGGUCCUGGUAAACUGCAGAGCUGCACAAGUCUUUUCCCAACGCAGCUCGCUUUACUUCGGAGUAUCCGCUAUGGUGACGUGACACUGUACUGGUUCUAGAAGACACACCUACGGUUAACAGGGGCAAAAUACUGAUAACAAUGCCGGGUCUAAGUUGUAGAUUUUAUCAACACAAAUUCCCUGAGGUGGAAGAUGUAGUGAUGGUGAAUGUAAGAUCCAUUGCUGAGAUGGGAGCUUAUGUCAGUCUGUUGGAAUACAAUAACAUUGAAGGCAUGAUUCUUCUUAGUGAAUUAUCCAGAAGACGUAUCCGUUCUAUAAACAAACUGAUCCGAAUUGGCAGAAAUGAAUGUGUAGUUGUCAUUAGAGUGGACAAAGAAAAAGGAUAUAUUGAUUUGUCUAAAAGAAGAGUUUCUCCAGAGGAAGCAAUCAAAUGUGAAGACAAAUUCACAAAAUCCAAAACUGUUUAUAGCAUUCUUCGCCAUGUUGCUGAAGUAUUAGAAUAUACCAAGGAUGAGCAACUGGAAAGCCUGUUCCAGAGAACUGCCUGGGUCUUUGAUGACAAGUACAAGAAACCUGGAUAUGGUGCUUAUGAUGCCUUUAAGCAUGCAGUCUCGGACCCAUCUAUCUUGGAUAGUUUAGAUUUGAAUGAAAAUGAACGAGAAGUACUCAUUAACAAUAUCAAUAGACGUUUGACACCACAAGCUGUCAAAAUUCGAGCAGAUAUUGAAGUAGCCUGCUAUGGUUAUGAAGGAAUUGAUGCUGUAAAGGAAGCCCUGAGAGCAGGUUUGAAUUGUUCUACAGAAACCAUGCCCAUCAAGAUUAACCUAAUAGCUCCACCCAGGUAUGUGAUGACAACAACGACACUAGAGAGAACAGAAGGCCUCUCUGUUCUCAAUCAGGCUAUGGCAGUCAUCAAAGAGAAGAUUGAGGAGAAGAGGGGUGUGUUCAAUGUUCAGAUGGAGCCCAAAGUGGUCACAGACACAGAUGAGACUGAACUUACAAGGCAGAUGGAGCGGCUGGAGAGAGAGAAUGCGGAAGUGGAUGGAGAUGAUGAUACAGAAGAGAUGGAAGCCAAAGCUGAGGAUUAGCCUUGUGGAAACAGUCCAGUUUAAGGAAUACGAAGCAGCCCUUCCUGGUUGUAAACCCUAGACUUGAAAGUUUUCCAGUAUUGAAAACUUCAAAGUUGAAUAUUUUUAUUUCCAAGUAUUUAAGUAUUCAGCAAACCAGAAUCUAAGUGCCCUCCUUCAUGUCAGCUGUGUUGUCACACAGAAGCUCUAACACCUCAAGCUUGGAGUGGCUUGAUUUGACCAGAGACAAACCUUAAAGAGCAGUCCUAAAGUUGGGCUUUUGGUUUCCAUUUCUGAUGUUCAUGGAUUGGCACUCUUAUGGUUCAAUGCCUCCAUGAGAUUUACCAGGGGCACCUAACACACAGUCCCAACCUUUCUAUAUAAAAUGUAUUCAAGCAAACAUCAAAUAAAUAUCUGGGAUAUUUAA